ACGGUGUCGCGCGGUUUCAGCGUUUCGUACUCAAAACUACCGGAUUUUGAAACGGGGGAAACCGUUUCCGGGAAACUCGUGAUAAAACGCUCACAGUGCAUUAGAAACGUAAACGAAAUUCGGCGACGCGAUUGCCCUGUAGACAGGGAGCACACCGCUUUCGGGCUAUUCUAUUUAUAGCAUCAGCUGUUGCAAUAUAAAGAUUGGCUACGCUACGUACCGAGGCAGCCUCCUGUCUGUAACGAAAGGGCGGCGGUGUUUGGGGGAUCAGCAACGCGGAGGGAUGUGGACCGUGUCAACGUGAGGCGCUUAUCCCUUCACACGACGACAAGGCUCAUAUCGGUGCAUAUUUAAAGCCACCUACUAGCCUACUUCCCACCUCUUCCCACCGCUGGCGUGGUAGCCAUGGCGACCAGCGCAGUGCCGAGUGACAACCUGCCGACUUACAAGCUGGUGGUGGUGGGGGAUGGCGGUGUGGGGAAGAGUGCCCUCACCAUCCAAUUCUUCCAAAAGAUCUUUGUGCCAGACUACGACCCCACCAUAGAAGACUCCUAUCUGAAACACACAGAGAUAGAUGGACAAUGGGCUAUACUCGAUGUGUUGGACACGGCCGGGCAGGAGGAGUUCAGUGCCAUGAGGGAGCAGUACAUGAGGACAGGAGACGGCUUCCUCAUCGUCUUCUCUGUGACGGACAAAGCCAGCUUUGAACACGUCGACAGAUUCCAUCAGCUCAUUCUGCGGGUCAAAGACAGAGAGGCCUUCCCUAUGGUGCUGGUUGCUAACAAAGUGGAUCUGGUCCAUCUGAGGAAGAUCACCAGUGAACAGGGCCAGGAGAUGGCUGCCAAACACAGUAUAACCUACAUUGAAACCAGUGCCAAGGACCCACCUAUGAAUGUGGACAAGGCCUUUCAUGAGCUUGUUCGAGUUAUAAGGCAACAAGUUCCAGAACGGAGUCAUAAGAAGAAAAAGAAAAUGAAAUGGCGAGGGGAGCGCUCCACAGGCUCACACAGGUUCCACUGCAACAUAUUGUGACCCCCCUCAUUGCCCGUGUUAUUCUUACAGAACAUACACAUGCACACACAUGCCCACACACAAACUCAUGAAUUUUUGGACGUCAGGGGACACUUGCACCCCUUCAGUCGCCAACUACUGGAGCACAAAGGGAGGGCAGGAUCGAUGGAGGGUUGGAUGAAGGGAGGGGAUCGAAAGAAGGAGGAAAGGGAAGGAGAACUAAAUCUGAAAUUCCAGAUGGACUGAAAUGGAGUCCGCUCAGCCUGGUGUGAUGUCCUUGGAAUGGCCACCACGGCCCCCUUCCUGAAUUUGGGGUUUCCUUCAAAUGUUUGCAUCCCUUCUCUCAUCUCUGCAUCAAAUCCAGAGCUGCAUUGGUUUAGUGAACUGCCUCUCGGAUCGAGUUCAAUUUUGCCAGCGCGUCCCAGCAGAUGGUUGGACUUGCGUACUGGGAGCGCGAGACAAGAGAGGGCAGUGCAGCCAGAAAAAGUGUCUGCUUGGACUCAGCUGUAUUUUGGGAAAGGAACGUGGCAGGACGGGACCGGAGGGUCACGAUGUUACGAUGGUAACAGAAGCAGGUUAAUAUACCGACUCAUUCCACCGACCUGCUGUUCUCACCUUUCUGUCUCUGUCUUUAUCCCUACCAUUUCAGCCGUGAGAGAAAAAAAAAAGACAUUUGUCUGAAAUCUAGGCUGUUUCCAGUCCACCAUGCCAUGGAAGAACUCCCUUUAUGGAGGGAACAUCAUGAAGGGGUUGGAACGAACUGAUGGACAGAGAAGGGCUGACAAUGUUAUCUUUUUUUUGUUGAAGGAAAUGAAAAUAACUGUUUUGUGAUGUUGUCGACAAGUGAUGAGUGAGCUGUGAUUUUAGGGUGUACAUUGUGGUUGUGUAAUGCUCCAUGGUGUUGCGAAGUCAAACAGAAGGACAGUGGGAAGGGUUCAUUGUUCAAGUCAAAAGGAAAGUGGAUAGAAGCCAAGAAAAAUGUAAGUAAUUGGUUCCCGAAAAUAACGGUCACGUCAGCUGUGGCUGCUGAAUUAACUGGCUACUUAAUGGCAAAAAUAUGUAAAAGACGUUAUUUGAUUGUAAAGGAGAGUGAAAUUGGGCGCUGUUUGUAGUUAUAUUUCAGUGUAAGCCCAACAAGGGCCUACUUUUUCCAGUUAACAAAACUCUUCUCUCAGACUCCUAUAACUGGAAUCUUUUACCCCCACCCUAUUUCAUACAAGUCAGAGUCCCUUUUCAUCAACUGUGAGUAAAAUUAGAAAAGAUGAUCUGAGCAUAGUUUGCCUUCUGUAGUCGUUAUAAAUGCCAUGAUGACUAUGACAAGACCAGAAAUCCUCACCCGGUACCGUACGAACACAGACCUUAAGAUGUCAUGCAGUUUUUUUUUUUAGAUGGUUAGAAAUCAAAGUAAACGCAAGCUAUGUCUGAAACACACACACACACACACACACACACAAAAAGAAAACAGAUUUUAGGCAGCAGUAUAGAAAAGUUCAGCUGUUUUACAAAAAGAUUUGAAAGCGAUUGUUGAAAUGACAGAUGAUAGAAAAUGAGGGCUGCAUAUCUUGGGUUUGAAACGGCCUGGAGAAGCUGUUUUUGCACUACCCACUCACCAAAUGAUGUGUGAAGCCAGUUCAUGUCAGGGCUGUGGAAGAGGAGUUUGCUUUCUUUAGAUUAAAUGAGGAAUAAAAGUGUUUCUCCUGGUGUAGAUUCUGAGCCCAUUAUUAUCUUUAAUCCUAGUCCAAGCGUCCUAUGGUAGUUUAUGCAAAGCUAACUUGGCCCCUUUUAACAUUGCACCAGUUGCUUACUUUGUCAUUUAAGAUUUUGUUGUUAUCCCGUUUGGUCAGGAAUAACCCACUCCACAGCUGGGCUUUGUGGAUCCGGGUUUAAAUCAGAAUUACACAGCUUUAUAAUGUACCAGUGUUACCCCUCUGUUAGCCCAGGACUAAGAGCCAUGUUAGCUUAGCAUUAAAUAUGACUAAGAUCUGUUCUAAGGGGACGGCGGGCAAAAAGACAUUCAUUGUAUGUGAAAUCAGAUAAGUAGAUGGGAAUGUACAAUUUAUUAACCUAUGAAAUGGCGUGUACUGUUAUCGCACUAAAAAGUUGAUUUUUGAGGCUUCUCUGUCUGGGUGAGUUGUCUCUGGAAGAAAGUAACCUUUUUGCACUUUGAAUAGAUUUUCUUACUUUCUAUUGGCAUGGUCCCUUUUUCAAAUCUGUAAAACAAAAGGGAAAGCAUGGUCUAAAUAAUAUGAAUGUAAAAACGACUAUAACAAAGUGAGCGAAUCAAGUUGUAGCCCUAUCUGCCUGUGUGUGUGCCUGUUGCCUUGGAGGAAGGGAUGAGCAUCACAGAGUUGAGACAAAUUGCAAAUCAUUGGUUUGAAAAAUGCUGAUUGAAGCUGUAGUUCCGUAUUUGAAAUUAGGAUGUUGAAUUGAGGGGAUGGUUUGGUAGGAGGGAAUUUCAGAUGUUGAACUGUAACGAAAUCUUUCCUCUGUGUGGAAAGUGAAGUGAUCCUAACAGAGAGACUAAUAGUUUAUUAAUCCAGACUGUAAUAUGGGACUGUUAAAGGUGAAAAGAUUAUUGCUGAGAAUGACUCUAACAUGGCUGUACCAUAUGUUAGGUCUUCCAGCAACAGUCUCCAGGCUGGGGAGAUUUGGGGGGGGGGGGGGGGGACUAUGUGUUUGAAGAAAUGUUAUAUCACGUAUGUUUGAUACUUUUUGUAUUAUUGAUAUGAUUCUUGCAAAGUGUUUUCUAAAGAACUGAAUAAUUUAUUACUGUCCAUGUUACCUCAAUGUGUCCCAGACCUGGACAAAAACUUUUUUUUUUU